CGAGAGCAGCACAAAUUCCGAUAGCGAAUCUGGGAGCCUGCGGCUGACCCGCCUCCAUUGGGAAGACUCGUGUAUUAAAGGAAAAAAAAAAGAAGAAACGGGAUCGAGGAGCUCGCGCCGUCGGGCAAGGCUGCGGGAAAGCGGAGGGCGCGAGAGUAGGCGCUCCAGUCCCAGUAGAGCCGCCUUGGAAUUAAAAAAAAAAGAAAGAGUCGGAAAGUUGAAUUAAACCGGGAAAGCGCUGGCAGUGAAAGGCAGGUAAACGCGCCCCCACCUCCCGCGGCAGAGAGAGGAAAGUGUCCGUGCUGCGAAGGAGAAAGAAGAAGAAGAGGAAGAGGAGGAGGAGGGCUUCGCCCCGUCAACAAAGCUCGCUGGGACUGGAAGCCGUCAGUCGGCAGCGGCUGCUCGCUUCGCCCUGUCUGGACCCCAACGACGAAAACAGGUCGUACCUUGGAGGCGGGGGGCAUGCGGACCAUGCAUCGGGCGACCGGGCCCUCGUUACGGAUCGGAUAAGACCGAUAAAAAAGAAAACGCCACCCCCACGCUUGUUUUUGGGCUCUUUUUACUUGUUUUAUUUAUAUAUUUUUUUUAUAAACGAAUCUGCGCAUUCGUUUUUUUUUUGUAUUUUAAUUCUACACACAAACGAGAGACAGAAUGGCCGGCGCCAAGGAGAAUCCCUGCAGGAAAUUUCAAGCAAACAUUUUCAACAAAAGCAAGUGUCAGAACUGCUUUAAGCCCAGAGAACUGCACCUCUUGACGGACCAGGAUUUGAAUCAGGCCAAACCUAUCUAUGGUGGCUGGUUAUGCUUGGCACCAGAAGGAACGGAUUUUGACAACCCAAUGCAGAGGUCACGGAAGUGGCAGCGGCGUUUCUUCGUCUUGUACGAGCACGGCUGCCUUCGCUUCGCCUUGGACGAGUCGCCCAGCACUUUGCCUCAAGGGACGGUCAACAUGAACCAGUGCACCGACAUCAUCGACGCCGAGCCGAAGACUGGCCAGAAGAACGCGCUGUGCAUUGUCACGCCGGAGCGGGAGUACUUCAUCCGCGGAGAAAGCAAGGAGAUCAUAAACGGGUGGCUUGAGCAGCUGGCAGUGUACCCCAAAACUAACAAGCAAAACCAGAAGAAGAAGAGGAAGGUUGAGCCCACAACGUCGCAGGAACCGGGGCCUGCCAAGGUCGCAGUGACUGGCUCCGGGAUUCCCGAUUCGGAGAAAGUCCCCGAUUCCCGCACUGGCAUAUGGCAGGAUGAAGGAGGACAGAGUUGGCCUUCGCCGGAGAGCAGCGGCCUCAGCACAGUGCUGGCCCAAGGGGGUGAACUCGGUCCUCUGGAUGUGACUUCGGAUCACAGCUCCGUCAACGGAGACGAGGUGGACAGAGGUGGCGUUCCCUUCCACGUCUCUCAGCGACACGACCUGCACGUCGUGUCCCCGGCUGGCAGCGCUUCCAGCAAGCACAGUAUGGACCUCGGCGGGAUUCCUCGCUGUCAGUCACCAGCUCAGAGUGAUCCCUUCCCUUCGGGGAGCAGCCUGCUGUCCAACGGGUCUCACAUCAGCGGGUCGAUGAGCUCGUUAGAUUCGGACACCAGCGGAAGUACUGUGACGAGCACGGACAGCCAUUAUGCUGAGAUUCGGGCGCAAAGGACCUCGGCCCUUCAGGACGUCUCCAGAUCGAGGAAGUGCGAGAUGGAAACCCGAAAGGCGGAGAAACGGAGUCGUGCCAGAAGUCCAGAAAGGCAUGACGUGGAAGCAGCGUUUGGACCAGAGAGAAGCCGCCCCACUGUGAUUGAGAAGUUUGAAGCCCUGGAACUGGAGAAUGCAGAGAGGAUGGAAACGGAGGACAACUCCAGACCUGUGGAGUCGAGGCAGGGGAGGAGCGAAACGAGACGAUUCCAGCCAGAGACGGAGACGAAACGAGAUUACCCGAGAUCUCCACUUUGUUCAACUAUCCCACCUUUACGACGGGCAAAAUCUCUCGACCGGCGAACCACAGAGUCCAUAAUGACGCCAGACCUGCUGAAUUUUAAGAAAGGCUGGAUGGUCAAACUCGAUGAUCACGGGCAGUGGAAGAAGUACUGGUUUGUGCUGACUGAUCACAGCCUGCGGUAUUAUAAGGACUCCAUUGCUGAAGACGCCUCAGAUCUGGAUGGAGAAAUCGAUUUAACAACAUGCUAUAACGUCACAGAGUACCAGGUCCAAAGAAACUACGGCUUUCAAAUAUACACACAGGAAGCCGUGUACACGUUGUCGGCUAUGACUGCAGGAAUUCGCCGCAACUGGAUCCAAGCCGUCAUGAAAAAUGUGCGACCUUCAACCGCUCCUGAUGUAGCCAGCCUGCCAACUGAGCACGGCGGAUCAACUCCGUUAGACGCGAUGCUGAAGCCUGAUGUCACUCAGGACUCUCCGUCAUCUGAGGCCUCUUCUGUCGAGAGGGAGCCCGGCCAGAAGAAAAGCAGAGUCCGGGAAAGAAGAAAAGAAGGAAGGUCAAAGACUUUCGACUGGGCAGAAUUCCGUCCGAUCGCCCAGGCCCUGGCUCAGCAGCGGGCAUACGAAACAGAGCCAUUCAACAGAGACAGCCUUGACUUUGACCGCACACGAAGGCGGGAAGAACGCAGGAAGAGAUACGAGGUGGUGACGGGCACCAUGGACUCGAGUUCCCCUGAAAUCACCAGGGCAGAGUUUGGGAGCUGCAGCACCCCAGUUCCUGCAGACAGGCAGCAGAAAGUUCAAGAUGAAAUUGAGCAGCAGUGGCAGCAGGUGGAGAAAACUCCGAUUCGGGAAGAUCGGCAUAUUCCUUUGGCAUCGGCGUUCCAGUCAACUGAGACGGUCGAACUUGGGAGAUUGUUGGAAAACCAUAAGAAAAUGGUCGAAGAGCUCCAGGCUCAACUGGAAAAUUGUCAUCGGCAGCUGGUGGAGUCGAACCAAAGGAAACAGGAGCUGGAGAUGGAGCUUCGAAGUGCCAUGGAGCGGGAGCAGCAAGUGCGUGCGGGAUACAUUUCCCCGCUGGAUUCCCCUUUGGGUCUUCACGCUGAACUGGAGACCCAGAAGCAGCAGCAAGAGUUGAUCAGUUCUCAAGCUCAGAGCCUAAAAAAGAAAUACCAAGAAACCAAAGAGAUCCUACAGCAGCAAGAGAUUAAGAAACGGAGCAUGCAGGCCCAGCUGGGUCUCGCGCUCGGCGAGACCCCAGACCGAGAGGAAAUGGCAAGAACCUUAGGCGUGGAGUUGGACGACUGCGAAGAAAACCUGCGGGAAGUCCAGAGUCUCUUAUCCGAGAAGCCCAUGUCCCUGUGGGACCUGGCGAGACUGCUUGCCUCCAAAGACGCUUGUCGGCUGCAGGAAAAGGGUCCGAUGUUGAGGUUGGCGAAUGAGAGCGGCUCUCGGUGCGUGGCGAGUGAGAAGGGGGUGCUCGAAUUUUGUAGGGGCUGCCAGAAUCUCCAUGAGGCCGAAGUGAAAGCCCUCAAGCACCUCCUGACUAAAGCCGAGGAGCAAGCCGAAGAGUUUAAAGGCCGACUCGAGGACAUGGAGGGGGUGUUGAGUAGACCACCGCAGCCAAAGACUGGCUGUCCGACAAGGCCGAUGGAGGAGCACAUGGAGUUCAGUGAGGUAACCGUGAAACAGCUCGCCCAAGAUGUCGAGUUGUUGACCAAUGAAAAUGAAGUUCUGCAUCAGCGUUGUCAAGAAAUCGUAAAUCAACUGACGGAAGCAGACCGAGAAAUAGAAAGACUGAAGGCAGAGCUUUUUAGCUGGCAAGGUGGGCAGCAGCAUUUGCAAGUCGUUGAAGAGUUGAGUAAAGUAAAAGCCAAGCUUGCGGAGAGCAAGGCAGACCUCCUAGACAGAGAAUUCUACGAGAAGGAACUGAAUAAGAAGUCGCAGAAACUGCAAGAAGCAUUGAUCAAUCUGGAGGUGUUGGAGAGCAGCUUGAAGGAGACCGAGAGGAAACUCCAUUUGAAGGAGGCAACCCUGCAAGGUUUGGGCUUCCAGCUGGCGGGUCAUGAUGAUACCCAGCAGCUACUGGAAGACCAGCAGCGACUCCGUCUGCAGUUGGAGGCUGCCGAAGCCAAGCUGGCAAAGCAGGAAGGUAGGCUGAAGUCGAUGGAAUUGUCAUUUAGUGAGCUGCAGGCCCAGAACCAGGAGCUGAAACUGCAGAAUAAGGAGGUGGAGAACUUCUACAGGCAGAAGCUUCUAGAAGCGGAAAGGAAGAGCGAAAGGGCGAUCGAGGGCUGCUAUGGGAAAGGAACCGUGCAGUCCGAGAUAUCGGAUGAAAGAAAAAUUAAGUGUGUGAUUGAAAAGAUGAAGCUAGAAGCGAGUGCUCUUCAGAGUGUCGUGGAGCACGUUCAGAAGACUGAAUUGUGUUCGGAAAAGUUGCAGGACGACAGUGUGGGUGUUGCUCAGACUGAAGGUCUCCAAAAGUACAAAUCAGUUCUUCGAACCCUCCAAGUCGAAAGGGAUUUCUGGUUUCGUUUGUCCAGUGUUGCGAAUAAAAGCACUUGUGAGGGAGCAGAUGGUGUGAUGGCUUCCAGUUUCUUGAGUAAGCUGGCCGAGAGCAAGUUGCUCAAACUGAAGAUGCUGCUCCUGACCGGCAGACUUGGCCACAUUCCUGAAGCCAGCCUCCCUAAACGUGACCCACAGCUCGGCACAAGUAGAGUCUGUGCAAGUGUGAGCGACGGUCAGCAAGGGAAAACGAUGGAAGAAGCCGGGAAGUUCGUUGACGGGCAGAGUUGUGCAGACUGGUGGGACCAACGUGUUUUGAGUGAAGUUCUGCAGAACCUUCAAGUCAAAGCGUUCCUAUUGAGUGAGAUUGCUUCAGGUAUUGAAGCUUUUUCAGAUGACGAACUGAUGUCCUUGGCGCUGAACCUAACUGACGUUUUGGACUCUCUCCCAGAAUUUCAUUACCAUGUGAAGUCAACCGAGGAGUCCUGGGCCUUCGUUCUUCAGGAUGCUACCAUGCAGGCUCUGGUGCAGUAUGCGAUGAGCUGCUUAGAGGCUCUUCAGAACGACCUGCGAGUAAAGGUGCAGCCGAGCCAUUUGGAGGUGACUCGUGAGGACGUGAAAGGAGAAGGCGAAAGUCCGAAAAGUCAAAAUGACGACAUGAUGCGCAUUCAGAUUGACGGAGAGCCGAUCGACUCGCUCGAUAAGGCCAUAGAAAUGCAAGAUAUGGCAGCCAAGCACAAGAAGGAGCUGCGUGAGGUCAAGGAUGCUUACGAAUCGGAAAUUGAGAACCUCAGACGGGAAGUUGCAAAGGCAGAAGAAAUCUUGAGGCUCAAGUUGGAGGAGAACGUGAAGGAAAUAGACUCCCUCACAAUCUGCAUGGAGAACUUAAAGAAGAAGCAUGAGCUGGAGAUGCAGAAAAGGCAGGAGCAGUAUGUGGUGGAGAAACGGCGGAUGGAGGAAGCGUACGUGCGUGAGAUUGAGCGACUGAGGAAGGAGGCGGAGGAAAGGGUGCCAGACCUGGCAAAGCGAGUGACCUUUGAAAUAGGAGCACCAGAGGAGGACUCAGAAAUGGUAGAGGCAGAGGAGGCAUGUGAUGGAGGGCACUCGGUGCCCCUUCUCAGAGAGAGGAUCGAGGAGCUGGAAUCUCAGAUUGAUGCCAUGAGAGAUGAAAUGAAGCGGAGGGAAUGCGACGGCGAUCUUGCAUCCAUUCAGCAGAAAUACGAGAAAGAUCUGGAGAACCUGAAGGCGACCUGUGAGCGAGGCUUUGCUGCAAUGGAGGAGUCGCAUCAGAAGGUCAUCGAAGAACUGCAGCGCAAGCACCAGCGGGAACUGGAGAAACUGCGAGAUGAAAAGGAGCGACUUUUGGAAGAGGAAACGGCCGCCACGAUCGCGGCUAUUGAGGCCAUGAAAAAUGCACACCGGAUGGAGCUGGAGAAGGAGUUGGAGAAAGCGAGGAAGGCGAACAGCAACACGGAAAAUGCAGACAUUGAAGAAAUUCGAAGACAGCACGAAGAAGAGCUGGCAUCAUUUCAGCGUGAAAUCGAAGUCCUGUCUGAACAGUACUCUCAGAAGUGUCUGGAGAAUGCCCACCUUGCCCAGGCACUGGAAGCAGAGAGGCAGGCGCUGAGGCAGUGCCAGCGAGAAAAUCAAGAGCUGAAUGCACAUAAUCAGGAAUUAAAUAACCGUCUGGCGGCCGAGAUUACCCGUUUGCGAUUGAUGGUCACCAACGAGGAUGGUGGAGACUCGUGCACACUGGUACAGGGCAAGGAGGUGUACGAAUUGGAGGUUAUGCUGCGAGUGAAGGAGUCGGAAGUUCAGUAUCUGAAGCAGGAAAUUAACUCGCUGAAGGAUGAACUGCAGACGGCUCAGAGGGACAAGAAAUAUGCCACCGAUAAAUACAAAGACAUUUACACCGAGCUCAGUAUUGUGAAGGCCAAAUCCGAGCGGGACUUGAAUCGUUUGAAAGAGCAGCUACAGCUGGCCCACGAGGCUCUGGGGGAGCAGGCGCUGGAGGACGUGGAGCGCUCGGGAUACGACAUUAUGAAGUCAAAAAGUAACCCCGACAUCCUAAAGAUGGCUGCUGCAGCUGCCAAGAGAAGUGAACGGACGAUGAGGUCAAAGAGUCUGAAGGAAGGGCUGACGGCUGAGCAGAGACUGCAGCUCUUCGACAAGGACACGAAAGACUUUUAACGGCGUCGAGGCCUCGGGCUGCAGUUGAGUGAAUGCCACGCAGGUCACGCGUCUUCUGUGUAACUUUUUUUUCUUUCCUUUUUAAUUUUAUUUCUAGAACUUGCAUUCCGUGCACUCCCGUUACUGUGACGCUCGUAGCGCUCCUCUUGUAAAUAUUCCCGAUUUUAACUUCCACUUCACUACUGUAUAAGCUACUUGCUCUUAGCGACGACUCCUGUAAAUACGCCAGAGGAUGUGCCCGCCUCGACUGUCACUGAACAUCUGCCAGCCUGAGCGGCCCACCCGCCCCACGAUGGUCUGUCACGUUUCGUUCACGGGAGCCCCCGCUCGGCACACCUCGUCACGGCCCCCCCGAAGCGACGCAGGAUACAACGGCACUUUAACGAAGGAGCGGAGGCGAGCGCCCGGGACGGGACGGGACUGGACGGUGGAGAGUCUGAGUAGGGUGCUGAGCUUUAUGGGAACAAAGGGUUUUAAUUGGAUUAUUUUUGUAGCGUGGGGUCAGUGACCGUUUCCUUUGUAUUUAUUUAAAUGUUCUGACUUUUAUGUCUCACAGCUUUGAUUUCCUGUUUUCUGUUGUUGUAAAUAUGCAAAAAAAAAAACACAAAAAAAAACCAACAAACUGUACACCAACUGACUCCCAAGUUUAUUAGCAAUAAAUAUUUUUGCACCAUG